GUCCAAGAAGGCUGCUCCCAAGACUGUUGAAAAGGUCACCCUUGGCCCUCAAGUUCGUGAAGGUGAACUUGUUUUUGGUGUUGCUCACAUCUUUGCUUCUUUCAACGAUACCUUUGUUCAUGUCACUGAUCUUUCUGGACGUGAAACUAUUGCCCGUGUUACUGGUGGUAUGCAAGUUAAGGCUGAUCGUGAUGAGUCUUCACCUUAUGCUGCCAUGUUGGCCGCUCAACAAGUUGCAGCUAAAUGUAAGGAAUUGGGUAUUAAUGCCUUGCAUAUUAAGUUGAGAGCCACUGGUGGUACUGGUACCAAGACACCUGGUCCUGGUGGUCAAGCUGCUCUUCGUGCUCUUGCCCGUGCUGGCAUGAGAAUUGGUCGUAUUGAAGACGUUACCCCCAUUCCUACUGACUCUACUCGUAGAAAGGGUGGUCGUCGUGGUCGUCGUCUUUAAACGAUUUAUCCUUUAUCUUUUUCUUCAUUUAUUUUCAUCAUGUAUUAAAAUAAAUGUUUAUUUGUAAAUAUAAAAUACCAUUUAAUCAUAUAUAAUAAAGGCACGUGAGAAGGAAUGAAUAAUGUCACACGCUUCGUAUGCAGCAUAUAAAAAGGAGUUGUUAUGAUUUUCCUUUCCUUUCCUUUCUUUUUUUC